AUGUUAAGGUCUGUUAUCCUCCUAAGUUUCUUUUGGCUUUCGGUGUUUGCCACCUUCAGUCCACUCGGAACUCCCGAAUUUUGCUCCCAAAACAUCACCCUGUCAUGUAAUACCACAUUAUCCUACAUCAGCAGCCUCAACCAGGCAGUACGGCCUCUUGUCUUGAGUCUUACCAAGAUGCCUUACUUCCGGUACUUCAAACUCGACCUCGACAAACAGUGCCGGUUCUGGGAUGCCCAGCACUUCUGUGUCACGGAAAACUGUGCUGUGGAGGUUCUUCCCGAGUUUAAUUGGACAGAUGUGUCCAGCGAACACCAACCGCUGAAACUCGGCCAGAUCAACCGUCCUAGUGCCACGGGUGCUUCCGACGAUAACUCGGAAACUUGUGAAGAUUUGGACUAUUGCCACAUAGACGACGACCACCACUGUGUGUUUGUCGACUUGGUGGAAAAUCCUGAGCGUUUUACAGGUUACGGAGGUGCCCAGGCUCAUGAUGUCUGGCAUGCUAUCUAUGCCGAAAAUUGCUUCCCCAACACCAACCCGAUGUCGAUGACAGAAAACGGGUCGCCCGAGCUGUGUGUGGAAAAAAACCUAUUCUACAGAAUGAUUUCGGGAAUGCACUCGUCCAUCUCGGUGCAUUUGUCGAACGAGUACUUGCUGCCUUCUGGUGACUUCUAUCCGGACUUGUCGGUGUUCAUGGAAAGAGUGGGCUCGUUCAACGAUCGUUUGUCGAACGUUUUUUUCAACUAUGCUCUUGUCAGUCAGCUGAUUGUGCGGUUGGCGGAAAUGAUCCCCAUCGCAAAGUUGGCGUCGGACGAGUCGGAGCAACUGCUUCUCGCCAACAAAGACGCCGCUAUCCGCGAUGAGUACUCGCUGUUGGUGUCGCAAGUUGUCUCCAAAUUGGGAGAGAAUGAACUUUUCGACACAUCCUCGUUGUUUAAAAACGUCCCUACUCUCAAAGAAGAGUUCCGUGCCAGGUUCAAAAAUGUCAGUGCCAUUAUGGACUGUGUGGGAUGUGACCGGUGCCGCAUGUGGGGUAAGUUACAGACCAUUGGCUACGGUACCGCCAUGAAGAUCUUGUUCGAGAACGAUAACCAAGCUCAGCUUAAAUUCAGAAGAAUUGAAUUGGUGGCUUUGUUCAAUACAUUUGAGCGUCUAUCCAAGUCCAUAGACGCCAUUGACAAGUUCAAACAAAUGUACUUGGAUCACUUGGAAGACGUUCGCAAGGGUAAAACCCAACCAGGUAAUUACGAGACCCCUGGAAGUAAGAAGUUUGACUUCCCAUUCUUCUCGACACCGAACAUUCCUGCGGCACCGGCACCAGAAGUGAAGAGAGCAGCGCCUCAAAAACCCAAAAUUGUGAAGCCCACUCCCAAAAAGAAGAGGACAUUCAAAGAAGAGUGUAAGGCUUCUUUCGACGAGGUGAUGGACGCUUUGAAGUUUGUGCUUAGUAGCUACUACAAACUUCCUAUUUUGCUUUACCAGUAUGCGGUGGUGAUAGCCGCCAAGGCGUGGAAGAUUUUCAUUGGAGUGGACCCCGAGUGGGACUACUACACGCAAUCGCCAUUGUUUGUGGAUUACGGUACAUGA